CGUCCCUCCCACGGAGGCCAAGACCAAGACUCCCGAAGUUGUGCACAAACACAAAUGUGAAACCAAAGCAAAGAAACAGAAAGUGUAUACCUACGAGUACUUCUCCCCCUUUCCCUUUUUCUUUCUUUACCUCUGCUACGCGGAUUGGGGAAUCGUUUCCUUUUCCUACUUCUCAACUUAGCAAAGAAAACUUAAAUAUUCCCCAGAAAAGUAAAUCACGCAUCAUGAGUGUUUGUAUGCGUUUUUGAUGCUUCAUUGCUGACAGAGAGCUUCUCAUUCCCAGUUUCAGAGGAAACUCUCUUAAUAUUCUUGAAUGCAUUACUGUUGGUUGGCCUCGAAAUUGGCUUGGAAGUUUAUUGAAAGAUGUCUGAACCAGCAGAGGUUCGUUUAGUGCAGUGUCCCAAGUGUGAAAACCUUCUUCCAGAGCUUACUCACUAUUCUGUUUAUCAGUGUGGUGCUUGUAGUGCUGUCCUAAGAGCUAAAAGUACAAAUGGUGAUGUGGAUGCAUUAUCUGAGAAGUCUGAAGAAGAAAGAAAUGAAGGGUUUUCAGGCAGAUUAGCUGAGAAAUCUAAAGACAUUGAAGUUCCUAAAAUGAGUAAAAUAAACGCAGGCGAGGUUUCUGAGGAUGAUGUUAAGUCUAAUGACAAUUCUUCCAACAGAAGUGAUAGAAGGAGAUUUUUUCAUGAUAGAACUGAAAAUUAUGGGGCUAGUCAGGUGACUGGGGCUGAUAAGUGGGUUGUUGAGGAUGGUCUAGAGGUGGAUGACAAUAUCAUUGGAAUCAAUGGUACAAAAAGGGAUAAAAAUUUUAAGAAUAUGAAACCCCAAAUUGGGGGCAGGAAAGGAUUCCUGAUUUCCAGUGAGCAGUUGGAUUGGAGAAACAGGGGGAGAGAAAGUGAGAUGGAGGACUUCCGAAGGGAUCAAAGAAUUGAUCCGGAUGGUACAAGGUAUUUGGCUUCAAAAUAUUCAGAAGAGGGACCAUCAAAUUAUCAACUGCAGAGCAAUUAUGGUUACAGAAAACCAGUAAUAAACAGGAAUGAGUUGGGUGGCUCUGAUGAUGUUGUGCAUCUUGUAGAAAAUCAAGCUGAGCUUCUGAGGAAAUUGGACGAACUAAAGGAUAAACUUAGUCGCUCUUGCAAUGUGGUUGACGAGCCUAAAGACAAAGUUCCUCCUGGUAGGAGGAUGGUACACCCAGAUCCUUAUGGUUAUUCUGAGAAAUGGUUUUCUGAAAACUAUUUAGCAAGCAAUAGGCCUCCAGCACCAUAUUCCUUUCCUUAUCAUGAUGCUGCUAGACCAUCAUAUGCAAAUCACUCUUCCGAGACAUCUCCUUUUAUAAAUAGGCAUGCUAUGGUUGGGCCUGGCUUUUAUCCUCCCAUGCAUACUUCUGCCCAUCUCCAAGAAUUUGAGGAUCCUUUAAGGUCCCAAAUGUUCAGGAGAGGUCCGCAAGCUCCUGUUCCUUUCCAGCAAAAGCCACCUCCUGCGCACUUCUCUCGAAUGUAUGCUGAUAGUAAUAUAGCUCCUAUGGACUCAUUUGAAUCAUUCCCGCCUAACAUGCACAAUCACCACCCAUCAUGCUCUUGCUUCCAUUGCCACAGUACAUAUCAAGUUCCACGCCAAGUUCCAUACAAGGCAUACGGUGUUAAGCAGUUCUCUGAUGUCACAGAUGAUCCAGCAUUCUAUCAUCACGAAUACCAAAAUGCCUCUGGUGCAAAACGUUAUGGUGGAAGAUUUAAUGCUUCUGCUUCCUUUAAAUCUAGUAGUUCGGUAUCCCGCACAAGAUGGCCUAGUGAUCUACAAUCUGAAGCUAGUGGUCUUGUUCGUAGCCGCCCUUCAAAGGUUCUCUUAUCCACUAGCAGGCAUCGAUGUCUGCCUGUAGCUGGUGGUGCUCCAUUCUUUGCAUGCCAAAAUUGUCACGAGUUAUUACUACUGCCCGAUAAAGUGCAAGUUGACAAAAACCUAAUGAAAAUAAGAUGUGGAGCAUGCUCAACAUUGAUUUUAUUGACAGUUGAUUCUAAGAGACUUAGUGUUUCUGUUCAUGCAGAACUAAAUCCAACUCAUAAAAAGUUCAAUGUACGCCACAGUGACAAUUUGAAGGAAGGGAGUUCACAAACCCGUGGUCAUCCAAAGCAGGCUAGCAUUAACUUUUCUUCUGAUGAUUAUGACAAUAGUGGUUGCAAUUUUCAGUCAAUGGAUAGGGAAUUUGGACCACUGUCAACUGGCCCUGGAAGCUCAAUUAAAUCUGCUGACAUCAGGAGUCCUCAUUCUACGUUUUCCUCUUCGUCUGAGAAAGAGGAGAACCUGGAGAACUUGACUGCCAUAAGGAAAAGUUUAAAUUCUUCUGAAUUGCCAGUGAAGGGCAAAUUAUCUCCACCUCCUGCAGGUUCACCACUUCAAGAUUACUUUGAUUAUUCUAACAAGUACAACGCAGCUAACAGGCUUGGAAAUGCAACUAGAAGUGGGCACUUUGAAGAGGAGAAGUCAAUAUCAAAGAAGACUAUCACGAGGCAGAAUUCCAUGAAGGAUGCAUCAGCAACUGAGAUAGAAAUAUCCUCCAAUGAGUACUCCAAUACUGGGACAUCUUUGGAUUCAGGUGAAGCAAGCAGAGAAGGAGAUCAAAUGAGAGCCAAUAAGGCAGCUGAAUCCUUUUUUGCUGGCAUGAUAAAAAAGAGCUUUAGGGACUCGAAUAUAUCAUACGAUGAUGCUGAUAAUGAAAAGGCGAAUGUUACGGUCAAUGGGUAUCUUAUCUCGGAGAGGCUAAUUAAAAAGGCUGAAAAACAAGCUGGGCCAAUCCAGCCUGGACACUACUGGUAUGAUUUCCGAGCUGGAUUCUGGGGUGUGAUAGGCGGCCCUUGUCUCGGCAUAAUUCCUCCGUUUAUUGAAGAAUUCAACCACCCCAUGCCAGAGACUUGCACUGGUGGAAGCACAGGUGUUUUUGUUAAUGGGAGAGAACUUCACCAGAAAGAUUUGAAUUUGCUAGGGAGUAGAGGGCUUCCAACUGACAGAGGUAGAUCUUUUAUCGUUGAGAUUUCUGGCAGAGUCCUUGAUGAGGAUACUGGUGAAGAGCUAAAAAGCCUCGGCAAACUUGCUCCAACAAUCGAGAGGUUAAAACGUGGAUUUGGCAUGAAAGAUCCAAAAGCAGUGGUGUAACCAACGGUCUUCCAAAGACUACAGGAUCACAUAUUCCUUCAAGUUGGGUAGACAACUGUUGUCGGAAGUUAGGGGAAGGAUUUCUACAGAGUGUUACCACAGUUAACUCUGGAAUUUGCUUGCUUUCUACCCUAUAGUGGAGCCGGAGGUUGAAGGAAUUGCUUUUCCUACCGUGAUUGUGUUUUCAAAUGCUAUUGUUUGGUUUUGAAAAUGGUUUUUCCUAUUGUUUUGCAUUUGGAUAUAGAAACCCCUUUUCCCCUUUUAUUGAUGGAUCGGCCUCGCAGAGAUGCCGCCGAAAGGCACUUAAGUUCUCCCUUCACUUUGUAUGUUACUGGAAUUUUUAUACAAAGUUAAAACGCAUCGUGCGGAAAUGAUUAAUGGCUCCAGAGUCCAGAUAACCACUGUAUGUGUAUGUAUAGUAAGAGAUUUGUGUGUAUUGUUUUUGCCACUUAAAUUCGCUCAACUUUAUGCU